AUGGGUGGUCUCAGGGUAGUGGGCUGGGGCACCAUGUGUUGGCAGAUGGAGAUUUUGCAACCAAGUGUGCAGCAAAACAGACAGGAUAUGUGUUUUGUUUUACAAGUCUAAUGAGGGCGUAUUGCAUGUGUCACUGAGUGGAGCUUCAUACGGCUUCCUGAGGUUACCAAGCUGGUGCUGAGCGAAUUGGGCGACUUAUAUUUAGCCUUGCAAAUGGUGCGCUAUGGAUUAUGUCUUGGGGCUCUCCAGUUUCGUCUUCGGUGCGUUUUGUUUCAUGCAACGACUGUGGAUGUCCAUGAGGUUGCUGUUCAGGUACUGAGCAGGUCUGUCUCAUAGUCUCAAACCAGCUCUUCUUUUUCAUUUAAACUCCAUCUCCUCUCUGAACCCUGGAAGAGGCUUUUUUUAUGUCUUUUCUGAAAUAUCAGCAGUUUGGAUCCUAAGAUUUUGCAAGACAAACUGUAGGUGUAUCCUGGGAACUUUUACUUUUAGUGUAACUAGGACAUCACAGUUUACUUCACUGUAUUUUAUUUAAUUUUUUUAAAGUUUUGGCUCAAACACCAUCAUAUCAUGGAUAUUCUAGCCUUAGAAGCAAAAAGCCAAAAUGGAGCAGAAGCUGAAAAGAAGCCUACACCCAAGCCAAAGCCAAAAGCGCCCAAGAAGACUAAAAGGAUUGUUUACUUUGAGGUGGAGAUCUUGGAUUUUAAGACUAAAGAGAAGUUGCUGUUGCUGGACAAGGUGGAACCAACAGCCACAGUUUUGGAUAUUAAAUCCUUGUUUCACAAAUCAUAUCCAAAGUGGUAUCCAGCCAGACAGUCUCUGCGUUUGGAUCCAAAGGCCAAGUGUCUGAGGGACGAGGAAGUUCUCCAAACGCUACCUGUGGGAACCACAGCCAGCUUUUAUUUCAGUGACCUGGGACCCCAGCUCACAUGGGGAACAGUGUUUUUAGCCGAAUGCAUUGGUCCGUUGAUUCUUUACCUAAUGUUCUACUUCCGCCUUCCCUUCAUUUACUCUCCAAAGUAUGAUUUCACCAGCAGCAAGCACUGGGUUGUGCACUUGGCUUGCUUAUGUCACUCCUUCCACUACAUCAAGAGGGUUUUGGAGACUCUGUUUGUCCAUCGUAUCUCCCAUGGGACCAUGCCUCUCAGAAACAUAUUUAAGAACUGUGGCUAUUACUGGUGCUCUGCGGCUUGGAUGGCAUAUUACAUCAACCAUCCACUCUACACUACACCCUAUUAUGGGCAGCAGCAGGUGAAUGCUGGCCUUUACAUUUUCCUGUUCUGCCAGGUAGGAAAUUUUUCAAUCCACAUUGCACUGCGUAACCUCAAAGCUCAAGGUUCAAAAGUCAAGAAAAUACCUUAUCCAACAAAAAAUCCCUUCACAUGGAUUUUUUGGCUAGUCUCUUGUCCCAACUACACAUAUGAGCUGGGAUCCUGGAUUGGCUUCACGGUGAUGACCCAGUGCGUGCCCGUGGCGUUCUUCACCAUCGUGGCCUUCGUCCAGAUGACUGUGUGGGCGAAAGGAAAACAUCGCAGCUAUUUAAAGGAGUUUAGAGAUUAUCCCACCCUCCGCUCUUCCAUACUGCCCUUCAUCCUGUAAUAGAGUCUGGGGAGGAGAACCGUCAUUCCUGCGCACAUCCAUGAGGUUAGGGGUGAACAGGUGCAUCUCCAUAAAACAGAAUACCACAAAAGAGCUUAUGUGUUUCAGAAAUCCAAUCCAAACAGACAAAUGUAAAUUCAUACAACUCUGACUGUGGACUUGAAAAAACUGUGGACCAAUAUCAGCAGAUGAAGAUACGGUUCUCCAAAUCACUUAGUGUGAAAACUUCACAUUGGACCUUGAAUGGCUCAAGAGUGGCUUAACAUAACUAAUUCAGCAACUCUAACUCAUGUUCAUGAGAGGUCUGUGCGUGGCACUGACUCCAGCUGCAGUAAAUCUCCCCUAUGCCCUUAAACAGUCAAAAAAAUUAUUAAUCAAAACUACCACUAUCAUUGUUUGUGCACAUUUUUCCACCACACUUUUUCCUUUCGUUCAACUUUCCCACUAUAUGUUUGGAUAGAGCACGUUGAAUGGCCAGCUUCUUUUGCUUACCCUCCAGUGAUCAUCAAUUCAUUGUGUUUUAAAUGGCUGAGGCAGUGAAGUUUGGGUUUUCAUACAAUAUGAGUUAAAAUAAUACAUACAUUUAUCUGUGACAAAUUAUGUAUGACAUUUAAUUUUACUUUUUGAAAGCAUUUGACAAACUACACCAUGUUCCAAAUUAUUAUGCAAAUUGGAUUUAAGUGUCAUAAAGAUGAAAUUUUUUGUUGUGCUAUUGAAUUUAUAAAUGGUAUUGUGUGUCAGGGCCACUGUAUGAAUCACUAUAAUUAAUUUCAGAGAGCUGGGUUGAUUGGUUUGUCUGGUCAGCUCAAUUAAAGGAAAUCUACCUAAGAAGGAUGUUCCACAUUAUUAAGCAAGCCACAGUUUGUAAGCAAUAUGGGAAGGAGAAAGGAUCGCUCUGCAAAUGAAAAUCAUCAAAUAGUGCAGUGCUGUAUGACAAAAUAUGAAAACAUUAGAUAUUUAACAAAAACUGAAGCGUUAUCAUACUGUGAAGAGAUUUGUGGCUGAUUCAGAACAAAGAUGAGUUUGUACAGAUAAAGGCUUAAUGAUGAAGGUUUCUGUAAGACAAAUUCAUCGGAUUAAGAGAGCAGCUGUUAAAAUGCCCUUACAAAGCAGCAAACAGUUAUUUGAAGCUGCUGGUGCCUCUGAAACCUCAAGGUGGAGGAUCCUCCAGAGGCUGGCGGUGCAUUAACCUACUGUUCUGCCAUCCCUAACCAGUGGUCACAAGCAGAAACGGUGGCAGUAGGCCACGCUGUGCAGGAAGAUUAAUUUUCAAACAGACUUGUUCACUGAUGACUGCUGUAUAACCCUGGACAGUCCAGAUGGACGCAGUAGUGGAUUAGUGGUGGAUGGCCACUACAUCUCAACAUGGCUGUGACAUCAGCAAGGAGGUGGUGGUGUCAUUCUUUUGGGCUGAAAUUAUGGACAGAGAGCUGGUCGGCCCCUUCAGAGUCCCUGAAGGCGUGAAAAUGACCUCAGCAAAGUAUAUGGACUUUCUGACUGAUCACUUUCUUUCAAGUAGCAAAAUCAUCUUCAUGCAUGACAAUGCACCAUCCCAUGCUGCAAUGAAUACCACUGUGUCAUUGGCUGCUUUGGGCAUAAAAGGGGAAAAACUCAUGGUGUGGUCACCAUCCUCCUUUGACCUCAACCCUAACCCCACCCCUGACCUUUGGAAUAUCCUCAAGCAGAAGAUCUGAGGGUGGAAUGCAGUUCAUAUCAAAACAGCAGCUCUGGGAAGUUAUUCUGCAAAGAAAUUCAAGCAGAAACUAUCCACAAACUCACAAGUUCAAUGAUGCAAGAAUUGUGCGGGUGAUAUCAAAGAAGGGGUCCGAUGUCUACAUGUAACUCAGCUGGUUAAAAUGUUUUUGAUUGAAAUAACUUUUGAUUUUAGUACAUGUGAUCACUUAAUGCUGCACAUUGAAAGAAUGACCGUUUCCAGUUCUUUAUAAUCCAUAAAAUGUUCAGAAAAUCUGCUGUGCAAAAUAAUUUGGAACAGUGCAUUUUGAGUGUUUUUUAUUUUUGAAAAAAAUACUGUUCUCAUGGGGAGCUUUGUUCAGUAAAAUUUGAUCUACACUGUAAUAGUUCAUGACUUGAAAAUUAUACUGACCAUUUGCAUUGACCUUUUAAGAAAAUCUGAGAAAAUAUCACUUGCAUAAUAAUUUGGAACACGGUGUAAACUUUUUAAUGGCGUUCUAAUUCAAGGAGAUGCACUGUAAAUGGAUUUUGUUCUUUUUUUUUUUUUUUUUUUUAUCCGGCUGUUGGACUUUUAUGGGCAAAUAAAAGGCAGCAAAUUGCAGUAAAGUCUUAUCAUAAAGUGUGUAAUUUAGUGAAAUGUCUCAUUUUGUAUUUUGCUACUUUAAGUUUUAAGACACCCAUUACAAAUUGCUCCAAAUAUAUUUAUGUUUAUACAAAGAGAGAGAUGUGUGGAAAACAGUGACCCCUUCUUGAUUUUAAAUUUUGAGUGUUUAUUACACUGUUUCAUGUUCUGAAAACACUGAGCAUCAAAAAGGAAAGACAGGACGGAGGCAAGCACUUUUUCAUAUUACUGCAUAAAUAAAUAAAUUAAAAAAAACAUUGGACACUUAUCCUUAAGAUAGGAAAAGAAGUGGCUAAUUGUGUUAGUUUAACUGCUGGCAGCCUGGAGCUGCUAUCACGACAAAAUGUUAGACUGAUACUCCCGUGAUGCAAACUUUACAAGAUUUUUCAGAAAAAAAAAUUAGCCGAAAUUUGUUUCAGCUAAAUGUUUUCAAAGUUUGGAAUAUUUUCCUCAUUCAUGCAAUGAAACUGCUUGUUUUCCCCAGAGAGGUUCUAAGUGAAUAAACAAUCAAAAAAUCAA